CUCGCUCCCAGUCCCCGCCGUCUCAUUUGCCACCUCCCAACGCGUGACCCCGGCGCGUCGCGUCCCGGGCCGGUGUCAGACGCGGGGUGCGCCAAGCGGUCCCAUGUGCCCCCUCCCUCUCGCGGCCGCCGCAGUCACCGCGCCCCGAACCCCGCUCCGGCUCCUCGGCAGAGGGCUCGCCGCCGCCAUGUCUACCGCCCGGCCACUCAAAUCCGUGGACUACGAAGUGUUCGGGAGAGUGCAGGGUGUUUGCUUCAGGAUGUACACUGAAGAUGAGGCUAGGAAAAUUGGAGUGGUUGGCUGGGUGAAGAAUACGAGCAAAGGCACUGUGACAGGCCAAGUGCAAGGCCCUGAAGAGAAAGUCAAUUCCAUGACCGCUCGACUUCCAGCACCGUGGCUGAAGCCUGGAGGAGGGGAUGGCCCUGGGUCUGUUCCCUUUAAUCUGGGAAGCAAACUCCGCAGGACCGCGCCGCUGUCCGCCCCCAUCCGCCCAACAGCCUGCAGCACAUUUCUGUGUGUGCACCAUGGGCUGUCUCUAGCUGUAACCAGCUUCCCAGCCAUGGUAACCAAGCACUGGGGAGUCAUUGAAAAAGUUCAGUCAGGGAGCAGCACAGAAUUUGGGGGUUAG